GAAACCUCGUGUGCUGUGCAUCUAUAUUCACUAUAAUCUUUCUACUCCUUUUUAUACAUUAUUAAUUUUCAUUUUUUGCAUGUAAGGUUUAUUUUUCGCUGCAUUUUUCUUCGCUUUAGAUUUGUUAGUGUACAGAGCAAAUGCUCUACAGCUUCCUUGAAGAUCCAAUUAUACUUAUUAAAAUGCUGAUAUGCACCCUGAAAGUACAGAACAGCGAAGUACAUUCGAAUUUUUCAAGGAAUGUGUUCAAUAUUUAAAGUUAUGUUUAUAACUGAAGCUCGUGUUUGUAUGCUGCAUUCCGUAAAUCAGACUUGCUUAUAAUGAUGUAAAGUAUAUAGAAAAGAUUUUUAACUCCAUCGUUAGUGUAUUUUGUUUUCAGUCUGGAAGAGAACGUGAAUGACGUUUUUUUCAUGUGCACUUUCCAUUUGGACUUUUUUUCAGAAAUAUGAUUUAGAAGAAAUUUCUAUUGGAUACACACAUUGAAAAUGUUGGAGUUAUGGUGCUUGUAUAAUUAUUUCGAACUUUGCGAUUGCAAGUAUUCGAAUUCUGUUUGUGAAAAAUUUUGCAACAGAUAUACUUCACCACUGUCGUUUCUCGUCAAACUUUCUUUAUUAGAGAGUGAGAAAUGAUGGCUUCAAGAAUCAAAGGUCUAGUCAGCAAAAAGAAGCGAAGAUAUAAAGAAGAUGGUUUUGAUCUAGACCUUACCUAUAUUUGCAAUAAUAUCAUUGCCAUGGGAUAUCCAGCAGAAAAAGUAGAAGGGUUGUAUAGAAAUCAUAUUGAUGAUGUUAAAAGAUUUUUAGAUUCAAAGCAUGAUCAACAUUACAAAAUUUACAAUUUAUGUACAGAACGAAAUUAUGACACAAGUAAAUUUCACCAAAGAGUUGCGCAAUAUCCUUUUGACGAUCAUAAUCCUCCGAGUUUAGAACUCAUCAAGCCUUUCUGUGAUGAUGUUGAUAGCUGGCUGUCAAAAGAUGAAAAUAAUGUUGCAGUUAUACACUGUAAAGCAGGAAAGGGAAGAACUGGCGUAAUGAUCUGUGCAUAUCUUCUUCAUAAAGGAAUACAUGCAACAGCUGAAGAGGCAUUAAAAUAUUAUGGGAAUGCUAGAACCCACAAUCAGAAGGGUGUAACAAUUCCUAGCCAGCGGAGAUAUGUUGAUUAUUAUGCUGAACUAGUCAGGAAUAAUCUUGUAUACAAACCUGUGACUCUUAUUUUGAGAUCUAUUGUUAUUGAACCUGUACCUACAUUUAAUGGAGGAACUUGCAGUCCUUACUUUGUUGUUUAUCAGUUAAAAACCAAAUUAUACACAUCACCUGUUCUAGAAGUAAAGCGUAAUAAGAAGUUCCUAUCCUUUGAAUUUACUGAAACAGUGCCAGUUUGUGGAGAUAUCAAGAUUGAAUUUCGCAAUAGACCAAAAUUUGGGAAAACGGAAAAGAUGUUCCUUUUCUGGUUUAAUACAUUUUUCGUCCGACCUGUUAGUGAGAGUUUACAAAAUACCCAAAGUAAUGGAUGCACCGCUACCUCUGUAUCUUCAUAUAUUAAUUUAAAUAGCUAUCCUGUGAGGAAAGAAAAAGAUAAUAUUACCUCAUAUCAUUUUCCUUCAUCACCACAUGCAGAGAAGAACAGAAGUUUGCAACCUGAAGAUUAUGGAAAAUGUCCUGUGUUAAUACUGUAUAAAAAUGACUUAGACAAGGCUACAAAAGACAAAACACAUAAACUUUUUAGCAGAGAUUUCAAGGUCACAGUAGAAUUUACUAGUGUGAAUGAUUCUCCCAACAUUUCACUUGAUUCUGAAUACAAGGGAUCUGUUCAAGGACAUAGUGAUACUGCAAGUAGUCAUGGUGAGACAAGUAGUGACAAUGAAAUGCUAGAAAGUGAAACGGAUUCAGACGAUGAGGAUUGGGAAGGCUGUGAAGCGACUCAUGUUUGAUAUGAAAGCUGAAAGCUUUUUUUAACUUAACAAAUUCUUUUGUCUGACUUCUUUGAAGUAGGUUGUGUAGGUAAGAGCAAGAUAUGAUCUUGUUUCUUACAAACCACUGAUGACAUUUUGGGACUUAAAAAUGCAAUUAUGUAUGACUUUUUAUGUCUGAUUUAUGGUGAGCAAACAUCCAGUUAUUGAGAACAAGAAGAAUUUUUUUAAUUUGUAGAAAUUGUUCUUAAUCAUCAUGUGUCAGACAGUUGUAUAUCGUUUUGUGUGUUUAAAAAAAUAUUCAAUGAUCAUCUGUGAUUUUGACUCUGUGCCGUGUAUAUUCAUUGAACAUAAAUAAUAAACGGGCUGUGAAAUGCCUCUAUCCAUGCAUUGUAGUAAAUUUUUGUUUUUACAUCCUUUUGCAUAAAAUGUACCUUCAUUUUUCUCUAAUUUCUGACGAAGCCACUUUGGCUGUUCAGUGUGCCAAGAUAUUGAGAAAUUUAAAUGGAAUCGAGAUGU